CCCGGGCUGCGCUCUACCGGCCGCUGUCCCGCCGGCUGCGCGGCCCCUUCCCGUCCUCCCGAGGGGAUCCUGCCCCGCGUCCUCCCGCUUCGGGGAUCCGGCUCCUCGUCCGCCCGACUCGGGGUCGGGCUCCUCGUCCCCCGCAGGCGCCGUCCGGCCCCCGCGCCCGGGCCGCUGCCCGCAUGGCGGCCAUCCAGGCGCUGCAGCAGUGGUGCCGCCAGCAGUGCGAGGGCUACCGCGACGUGAGCAUCACCAACAUGACCACGUCGUUCCGCGACGGCCUGGCCUUCUGCGCCCUCCUGCACCGCCACCGGCCCGACCUCCUAGACUUCGACGCGCUCAGGAAGGAGAACGUCUACGAGAACAACCAGCUGGCCUUCCGCGUGGCCGAGGAGCAGCUGGGCAUCCCGGCCCUGCUGGAGGCCGAGGACAUGGUGGCUCUGAAGGUGCCGGACCGGCUGAGCAUCCUGACCUACGUGUCGCAGUAUUACAACUACUUCCACGGCCGCUCGCCUAUUGGGGGCAUGGCUGGCGUGAAGAGGCCCCCGUCUGAGGCUGAGGAGGAGCCGUCCGGGAAGAAGGCCUUGCCCCAGCCGGCCAGGCCCUCGCCCACACCCGCCCGGGGGCUGCCGCUGUCUCCGGUCAGCACAAACGCCAUGGUCCAGCGGAAGGACGGGGUUGCAGAGGGCCCCCCGCUGAAGGCUGGCCAGGGCUCGGCGGGCGGCGCGGUGAGCAGCUCCUGCGGGGUCUGCGGCCGGCACGUGCACCUCGUGCAGCGGCACCUGGUGGACGGGAAGCUGUACCAUCGCAGCUGCUUCAGGUGCAGGCAGUGCUCCAACACGCUGCGCCCGGGCGCCUACAGGCCCACGGCGGAGCCCGGCGUCUUCGUCUGCUCCAGCCACCGCCCCACAGCCGCCCCCGCGAGCCCCAUGUUGCUAGGCCGGGCCCCCAGACAGCCAGGGGCCGUCCCCACGGACUCCCAGCCCCCCAGCGCCCCACAGACGGCCCAGGAGGCACGUGGACGGAAAGACGCACGGCCAGAGGCCGGGCCUGCAGCCCGGGAGCCCAGGGUGGGCAACGCCACGGCCAAAGGCUUCGUGCCCGCCGCAGCUGCCCCUCGGGACGCCCCCUCCUCCCACGUCCCCUGGGGGAGCCCGGCCGGGUCCAGGCCCUCAGUGGGCCCUGUGGGUGGCAGAGCCAGAACACAGGUGGCCAAUAGCUCCCCGGCAGGGUGGUCAUCGGCUGCACAGGACGCGGCGGCGGUCAGCCCCCGUCCUGCUGUGACCCCUCGUGCCCCGGACCCUCUCCCGGCCACGCAGCGAGGCAGGGCAGCCUCCCCAGUGUCAGCCCCCUGGGCCAAGGUCAGUGCAGGCCCAGCAUCUGCGGGUCCAGCGGGAGCCCCGGCCUGGACCCCGUCGGCCUCCAGGACGCAGCAGGCCCGCGAGAGGUUCCUGCAGGCGCCCGGAGCCCCCAGCACUGGGCCGGCCAGCAGGGCCCCGGCCGCAGCUGACGCGCCCUCCAAGGCCGACCGCAGGGAGCAGGCGCUGAGCUGUCUCCGGAAGGCCCUUCCCGGGUUCGGGGACGCUCAGGCGCCAGGCAGGCUCUCCCCAGCCACUGCCUCUGCUUCCAACGGCCUUCCCAGAGCCGAAGGGCCACGAGCAGGUCCAUCGGCCAAGCUGCCACAGUCGGCAUCUCCCCCGGCCCUCAGCCGCCCGGCAAGGACUGAGCUGGCAGCCCCCCCAAGCGUGGGCACCACCGCACGGGCAUCCACGUCGCCCCAGGCGGGCAGGACGAGCUCAGCGGCAUCCUCAGGGGGCAGCCGGGCAGCUGCUGACUCCAGGCUGAAGCCAGAGGCCCCACUGGCGAAGGGCCCGAGCGCUGGCUCCCAGAAGGACCAGGUGGACGGGCCGGCAGCAUGGAGGAGCCACCUGAAGCCCGUGGCGAAGAAGCACCCGGCUGAGAGGGCCCCGGAGCUGAUGGAGCCGCGGGUCCUAGGGGAGCCGAGGGCGGAGGCUGCUCCCCAGAAGGUCCCUGGGAGCUCCGAGGGGGGCGUCUGCAUCACCCUGACCCCCGUGCGGCCCAACAGGACACCGGGCCCUGCUGGCCCCCAGCCCAGCCUCUCAGCAACCACCUCCCCCAGGGAGCCCUCCCCGUCCGGUCGCAGGAAGCUGGCCGUCCCCCCCAGCUUGGACGUUUCUGGCAACUGGCUUCAGCCCAAACCCCCGCGGCAGGAAGCCCUGGUCCGGACCCAGGAGGACAGACCCCCUCCGGACCAGCCAGGGAGGCCCGUGGGCCAAGCCGCUGCCCCUGCCUCCCCUGGCACGGCGGUGACCUCCCCUGUCAGGCUGCACCCUGACUACCUGCCCCCUGAGGAGAUCCAGAGGCAGGUGCAGCAAAUUGAGAGGCAGCUGGACGCCCUGGAGCUCAGGGGCGUGGACCUGGAGAAGCGCCUGCGGGCGGCCGAGGGGGACGCCUCUGAGGACGCGCUCAUGGUGGACUGGUUCCGGCUCAUCCACGAGAAGCAGCUGCUGCUGCGGCUGGAGUCGGAGCUGAUGUACAAGGCCCGGGACCAGAACCUGGAGGAGCAGCAGCUGGACAUCCUGGGGGAGCUGCGCCAGCUGAUGGCCCGACCCGAGGCUCUGAAGUCCCCCCAGGACCGGCAGCGGGAGCAGGACCUGCUGACUCAGUACGUGAGCACCGUGAACGACCGCAGCGACAUCAUCGACUUCCUGGACGAGGACCGGCUCAGGGAGCAGGAGGAGGACGAGAUGCUGGAGACCAUGAUCCAGAGGCUGGACCUGCAGAGGAAGAAGUCCAAGUUCCGCUUCUCCAAGAUCUGGUCCCCGAAGGGCAGAAGUCGGACCCCCGAGUGACCGCCGGCCGCCUGCGGGACCCUGGCCUGGGGGGUGGGGACCGCCCUCCGUGGGUCCGAGUGGCCUCAAUAAAGGAACUGACCACACGG